UUACGUACAGGGGGCAAAGGUGAAGUCAGUAAUUAAGAUUCCGCCACCGUAGCAGCUUCACUCUGUCGCACUUAUCUAUUUUUUAGGAUAACUUUGAGUCGAAGGCAAGCUGCCCAACAGCUGAGACUGGAAGAAAACAUGGCACGCUUAGUAGCAGUGUGCAGGGAAGGGGAGGAGGACUAUCCGUUUCUGGCACGACAGAUCCCCUUGUAUAUUGAUGACACACUCACGAUGGUGAUGGAGUUUUCUGACAGUAUAAAUGAUGCUGACAGCCAUGAAAUGAACACCUCUCACUGGAAACAAUUUUCUGAGUAUUACUCCAAGAUGAAGCACCAAGACUUAAGUAUUGCCUUGAUGGUGACAUCCAGAGAGGUGUAUGGUGCAUUAUCUCAGCUGGUACCAUGUGUGGGCUGCAGAAGAAGUGUGGAGCGCCUCUUCUCACAUUUAGUGGAAUCAGGGAACCCAGCACUGGAGCCUCUUACAGUGAAACCUACUGGCAUGCUGACUGUCACCAAAACAUGUUUGGCAGACGUGAAGAAGCUUCAUUCCCUCUUCUAUGUCCAUGGAUCAAAGUUGAACGACAUGAUUGAUGCCAUUCCAAAAAGUAAAAAGAACAAACGCUGCCAGUUACACUCCUUAGACACACACAAGCCUAAGCCUUUGGGUGGAAGCUGGAUGGAUGUGUGGGAGCUGAUGUCUCAAGAGUGCAGGGAUGAGGUGGUCCUUAUUGACAGUGCAUUGCUCCUUGAGACGCUGGAGACAUACCUGCGUAAACACAGGUUUUGCACAGACUGUAAGAAUAAAGUGCUACGGGCAUAUAACAUCUUGGUUGGGGAAGUGGAUUCCAGUAAAGAGAAAGGUUACUGUGCUGCUCUGUAUGAGGGACUCUGCUGUUGCCCCCACGAACGGCACAUUCAUGUGUGCUGCGAAACAGAUUUCAUCGCUCAUUUACUUGGCAGGGCAGAACCUGAAUUUGCAGGAGGCUACGAACGCAGAGAGAGACAUGCAAAGACAAUUGACAUUGCACAAGAGGAGGUCCUGACCUGUCUGGGUAUUCACCUCUACGAGCGGCUGCACAGAAUCUGGCAGAAGCUGCGAGCAGAGGAGCAGACCUGGCAGAUAUUGUUCCAUUUGGGAGUUGAUGCACUACGGAAAAGUUUUGAGAUGGCAGUGGAGAAGAUGCAGGGCAUCAGUCGGCUUGAGCAGUUUGUUGAGGAGCUGUCUGAGGAGGAGAGAGCAAAAGAGCUGAAGCUGGAGAAAAAGAGGCAAAAGCGGAAAAAUCGACGCAAAAACAAGUGUGGCUUCGACAUAUCUGAACAGGAGGCAGAGGACAAGGAGAAAGUUCUGGAUGAGGGUUCAUUUGAGUCCAUUGAGGGCAGCUGCAAGGCGUGUGGUAGCCAUGACGAAGAAGAGGAAGAGGCCAGCUGUGAAGAGACUGUCCCCACCAAAAGGAGUACCUCCUGCAGUUGCCCAGACAACACCAAGCAAGAUUUGUCCCCCAACAGCAAUGGAAGUGACUGUGGCUACUCGUCAAGUAUUGAAGGCAGUGAAACAGGAUCGCGGGAGGGCUCUGAUGUCGCCUGCUCCGAGGGAAUCUGCAACCACGACGAAGCAGGGGACGACUCGAAUGUCCACCACUGUACAGAAGACAAGGAGGAGGACGGAACAGACAGCUGUGUGGACUGCUGGCCACAUGCUGAGGAACACACUCAAUGCAAGAGUAAAAAGAAGAAGAGGAAGGGUAAAGGUUUCUGCACCGAUCAGGGACAAAAAGGUGAAGGUUGUGUGUCUGAUGGGAACACAGGCUGCACUCUGACGACAACAACACACUCUUGUCGAACCAAAGAAUUAUUUUCCUCUUUAUGUGGCGAUAAAUUUGCCAGCAUUGCACUACGGUUACCAUGGACCGCGCAUCAAAAGAACCUCACGUUUCAUGUGAAGCCUCCAGAGGCAAAUAUAAGUCUCGUGGAACUUCUGGAUGAUUCAGAAGUAACUUCUGAUGAAGAAAGUUGUCUGACACAGGAUGAGAUCCAGUCAUUUUUAGAAAGAAACCAGUCCUUCUACAACAACCGCCACCAUUACCGACAACUCCUGAAAGAGAAGUUCACCAACUACUGCCGUGCCACCGAGCAGAGUAAGCCAGUGUGUGGAAAGUGGUUUGCCACAACCAGCGUCAACUAGCUGCACUAAAAAGAAAAGAGGAAAAAAACACUCUUGACCACUGCUGCAACGUUGUUUAAAAAAUCGAGGAGUGCUUUUGGUGUCUUGUUUGGUCAUUUCUCCUUUUAAAGUAAAUGUGAUUCAUUCUUUCUCCUUUGCACUUGUACACCAACAGUUUUCCAUCUCAUUUCUUGGCCACUUUCAUAUCUGUAGCUGUUCUUUGACCAAGCCUAGCUAUUUGUUGUUGAUCUUCUGUAGGGUUUUUGGGUAAGUGCACAGUGGAAUCAAAAGUCACGCUUUACAAGCUGUGAUAUUAGGGAUGAAUUUUAGUCUUAUUUUAUGAUUGUUCGUUAUGAUUUUGUUUAUUUUUCUCCUUUUUGACACUUAAAUGUAGUGCUAAAGGUUGUACCAUUAAAUGUGUACAGAAAUUAUAAGUAUAAAGAUUUUACAGAGAAUAAACAUCCAUUUGUAAUAAGGUUUUGGGUGUGAUGUUAAGAGCGCAAUAUGAAAUAUUUACUAAAUAAAGCAUAUUUAUUAAUAUG